CUAUUGUUCAUUGUUAGUUCAUAUUAACUAAUUUAAUUAACAAAUUAAACUUUAUUGGGUUAAAGGGUUACCAUUAGAACUCUGGAUUUUUUUUUUUUUUUUAAAUAUAAGGCUGACUAGUAUGAACAUUGUAUAUGAGUCAAAUAUGAAUAAGGGCUUUCAAGCAUCAAAACAAUAAGUGUACUACUAUUUUGAGUUGUUGUUGUUUUAAAUGCAUCUGAAUUGGUCAUGUUUAAUGAGUUUGUUUCUUAGCAAAAAUUAAAUCAUACAUGUUUACCACGAUUUACAUAAGGCACCCACUAAAAUGUCAUUCAAUGUAACAAUAUUUUCAGGGAUGUUUAGAACAACAACAACAAAAAGAUUUAUGCCAUAUUAAAGACUAAUUACAUUAACCCCCAAAUGCUAAUUACUUAAUACAUAAAGGUUAAAAUAGAUGUUUCAGUUUGUACAUUUUAUUCUUCCAGAACAUAUUUUAAAUAUUAAAGUAGAUGUUUUACUUGCAUUUACUGUGCUUUAUAUGUAUAUAAAAUCACUUUUGUAUAUUUCUAUUAAUGUGGCCAUCUGAAUGUCUUUGACCCAUAUAUAAAAUGGUACUGUUCAGUUAUAUGAAAAUGGAAAUGGUAAUGCAUACCUGACUAACUUUUUUUUGAAUUAUUUCUCCAUGUGAUGGUGGAUUUGGAAGAGUUCAAGUUGAGGCAAGUUAAAAUUUUACUUUUACUAAAGCUGAGGGUAUACAGACCACAUACUUGCAGUCUCAUAAGUUAAUUUUCAACACCUUUGUCUUGUCAAUUACGUAAGUAUUUGUUUACAUUGCUGCUGGUGAAGUACUGAAAUUUAGGCUUCAGAAAGUAUAUAUAUAUAUAUUAUACUAAAUGAAAAGUUAGUGCAUAUCUAACUAUGCUUUAUUUCUUUGUGGUGUGGUGUAUUGGUAAAAGACUGCAAGUUGAGGUAAGUGAGAAAUUUAAGGUUUUUCUUAUUAAAAAGUUUUACCAUGCAUGGCUAACAAGACUUCUGUUUCAUGUGUGCUGGUGCAUUGGUUAAAAGACUGCACAUUGAGGCAAGUAAUUUUUAUGUAUUAUUAAAAAGUAGUAAAUUAAUGUAAAAAUUGAGGUUGACAGUCCUAUAAUUCAGUUAUUUCUUGAUGUCAGACUUUUAUUAAAAAAAAAUAUAUAUAUAUUUGUAGUGUUUGAAUGGCAAGCAUUACCCACUUGUGUUGUCUUAUCUCAUAUUUAUAUGUAAUUUUUUUGGUUUGUUUUUUACAGAUGCCACGGCCAAAGAAGAGGUCUGCAAUAGCCAAGAGGCUAUAUGCAGAACGACGUGUGACAGAGGCUGCACGCUUCCUCUUAAAACAAGUCAAGCAGAGGCUGCACCGCUUCCUCUUAAAAGAAAUCAAGCAGAGGCUGCACAGCUCCCUCUUAAAAUAAGUAGAGCCGAGGUAUCGCCACUUCCUCGUAAAACUAAGGUAGACUUGUCAGGAAUUGCUGGCAAGUGCCAUUGUGCAAAACCCAAGCAGGUUCCACUCCGUCCUGCAUUAAAACGGGUAGAGGCUGCACCGCUCCCUCUUAAAACAAGUGAAGCCGAGGUUUCGCCGCUUCCUCGUAAAAAAAUGGUAGGCUUGCCUGAUGCAGGCAAGCUGUGGAAAACUGUGAAAAACCAAUCGAAUACCAAAUCAAUAACCCAAUCAAUAACCCAUCCAAACCCAAUGAACAUAUAUAUGAACUCUGAACCAAACUGUGAAAUUUCUAGAAAUGUACAUGAAAAUGCUUUGAAUACUUUUCCUACAUGUGUUGAAUAUCCACAGAAACCAGUGCUAAAAGGUUCAUUCCAUCAAGGUGAUGUCCGCUUUGGAGAUUUCCGCAACAGACAGUGUGGUGCCAUCAGUCUGACUGCAGUGUUGACAAGCAAGAUGAAGAAUGUGCUGACCUGGACAACACAAGAUCUUGAUAGUGUUUUGGUGGCAGGAACAAACCUUUAUAAGUCUCUGAGAAACCAGGGUAACAUAAAUGACCAGGAAGUCAUGGGUAGGCAUUACAUUGCAGUCCAUGAAUUACCAACGAGACAUGUGCUGGGUAAUACUGUAUUUUCCAUAGAGUAUGCAGAGUCUCUCACUGGAUUUGUUAAUGUUGAUGACUAUGAUGAAACCUUAAUCAAUGUGGCCAUGCCACUUGAUGUAGCUCUUCAGCAAGCUCUACUGAGUGCCGAUGCUUUCCUUUUAACUAUUUGUGCCAACACGUGCAGUUAUUAAGGAGGGCUCAUGGUAUGCCUUUGUUGAUUCUCAUGCUAACAAAACAGAGACAAGUUGUGUUGCUUAUCACAGCACCAUAGAAUCUUUGUACAACUACAUUAAUGAGAUUGCACAGUUAUUUUGGGUACAUGGGCCACGAUUUGAGAUAACUGGAGUUUUGGUUCAUACAGAUGCUGAAGUUUCUCACUUCCUGGAGGCAGACCGCAGCAUUUUUCCAUGCUCUUCUGGUAAAGCGCUUUACAGUGAAGUCCUUAAAGGCACUCACAAGGUAUGUGACUCUGUAACGACUCUGGUGAGGUCAUCAGAAUUUGAAGUACCUGAAGCUGCAAAUGCAAGCACUAACCUUCCAAUGCCACAGCCAGUGUGUAAUGUGUCGUCAAGUAAAGGAAAAAUGGGGAGAAGAAAAAAGCAGGAUGGAGUUUUGGUUCAUGCAGGUGAUGAAGAUUCACACUUGCUGGAAGCAGAUGGCAGCAGUUUUCCAUGCUCUUCUGGUAAAGCACUUUACAGCGAAGUCUUAAAAAGCACACAUAAGGUUUGUAAAUCUGUGACAACUGAGGUAAGGUCAUCUGAAUUUGAAGUACCUGAAGCUGCAAGUGCAAGCACAGACUUUUCGAUGCCACAGCCAGUGUGUAAUGUGUUGCCUAGUAAAGGAAAAAUGGGGAGAAGAGAAAAGCAGGAUGGACAGGUCACUGAGAAAUGGGUUGAAAAUGUUGUAGCAGACGACAUAAUUAUUGACGUUUCUAUUCCAGAAGUAUAUUUUUCUCCUUUAACCCAUAAAGAUCAGCAAGCUUUAUGUGAACUUGUGCUUCUGACAAAUGAUGGUAACAGUGACUGCGAUGGCAUAACACACUUUGGUCCCAUUGCAGGUCCAUGUCAGACAAAGAGUAUCAAACCAGAUGGCAACUGCUUUUUCAGAUCACUGGCAUAUGCAAUAUGUGGAAGUGAAGACAAGCAUUUGAAGAUUCGCCGUGCAGUGGUCAAACACCUGAAAAUGAACACUUCAAUAUUUCAGAGGUAUGUGAGAAGUGAGUAUACUUCAGUAGAGGACUACUUGACACAAUCGAGAAUCUUUUAUUCUGGGUCAUGGGCAACUGAAAUUGAUAUCUUUGCUGCUUCUAAUCUGUUUAAUACAACCAUAAUGACUUUUAAUGAUGACCGAUGGAAUGCACACAAACCUACUGAAGAGGUAAUUACAAAUAAAGUAAUAUAUCUGAAACACUGUAAUGGUAAUCAUUAUGAAGUUGUGACGUGUGUUAAGCACAGAGAUCAAGACGUUUGCGCAGGAACAUGUGGGAAUGUCACUUUAAAUGAGGUGAGAAAGCCAUGUCUGCGUAAAAGGAAGGUAUGUGAUGCUGCAGAAUCUUCCACAACUAAGAGUGACCGGGACAGAUACUUCAAUGACAGUGAGUACAGACAGAAAAAACUGAAGUACUUUAAAUCAAAAUACGGCAUUGAUACUGAUUACAGGGGGAAAAAACUUAAGAAGCUUUAUGAAAAAUAUCACAGAAGUGGUGAGGUUAAGGUGUCCAAAUGUGAAAGUUCUAAGAAUAAGUAUUCAAGCAACAUUGAAUUUCAGAAACGUGUUUGCCAGUAUUCUCAAAUGAAAUAUAAAAAUAAUGUCUCAUUUCAGGGAAGUGUAUGGGAAUAUUCGAAGAAGAAAUAUCUUCAAAACCUGGCCUUUAAAAAGAGACUGUGUGAGUAUACCAAGAUGAAAUAUCUUCAUGACCCAGCCUUUAAAGCAAAGAAGUGAGUAUUCUAAGAAGAAAUACCAUGAAAAUUAGGACUUUCGUUUAAGUAAAAUACAAAAGGGUUCUGAAAUGUAUGCAAGAAAGAAAGAACAGAAAGACAUUGAUGUUACUAUUGCCAGAUUUCGUAAAGAAGUGAGUAGAGGUCCAGUGUUUGUUUGCUGUGUUUGUCACCGUUUACUUUUCAGAAAGCAGGUUAGACCAUGCAGAACAAAAUGCUAUGAAGACAAAGGAGAACCCAUUGCUGCUUUGGUGAGAAGAUGCAUCACACUGAGGUAUGUGCAUGUUUGUGGUGGAAAAUGUGCUAAUUCUUCUUGUUGUUCUCCAGAUUGCAAAUUGUGGAUCGAAAAUGUGUCAUCGAAAAGUCCUUUGUGGAAAGUUGCCUGAAGAGAGUGUUGCCAACAAUAUGCAUGUGGUGGACAUUCCAAAUCAACUGAAGUGUCUUAACUCCUUGGAACAACAUCUUGUUGCACGCAACAUUGCUUUUAUGAAGUUACUCUGUCUUCCACGUGGAAAACAAAAUGGCUGCCAUGGACCUGUAGUAUGUGUUCCUGUAAAUACAGCAGAUGUGUCUAAUAUUCUUCCACGGAAUGAAUGUGAUGACAAUAUGAUCCGGAUCAAACUGAAGAGCAAGUUAACCUACAAAGGGCAUUAUGAGUACAAGUAUGUACACACUGAUCAUGUUAGAAAUGCUCUGAAAUGUUUGAUCAGAUGCAAUAAGUGGUACAAAGAUGUGGUGAUUAAUGAACAGUGGAUCAACUCUUUGAAUGAACUGGAAGAGAAUGUUGCUGAUGAAAUGGAAGAACAAGAUGUAGUUGAAAAGAGUAAAGAGGAAAAUGACCCUGAAGAACAGCAAGAGGAAGACUUGACUUACAUCAAAGAGCAAAGUGGUCUUUUGUCAGACUCAUGUUUACAACCUGUGUAUCUUGGUUCAGAAAUAAUUGAUCAGCAUUUUGAAGAUGUGUUUAAUGUGGCACCAGCUGAAGGUAACAGUCCAGUUAAAUUACUAUCUGAUAAAAGCAAUGAAGCAAAAUGUUUCCCUGUUCUCUUCCCAACUGGUGGUCCAACAUUCCACGAUGAGAGGGAGGAAAAAAUUACACUGUCACGUUACCUCAAUGCACGGAUCCUCAACGCAGAUGGACGUUUUGCAAGGAGCACAGACUUCUAUGCACAAUAUAUGUCGGAGUUGGAUCAAAUUGUAUCUAAUGUUUCCAUUGCUUUGCGAAAAGGGUCAGACAAGAGGUUGUUAAAAGAAGUAACAUCCGACAUGCUCACAAACCCAGAGUCAUUGGCUAAAAUGUUGAAUUAUGAUGAAGGAUACAAGUUUUUGAGACCAGUCCGUGGAACGCCCCCCUAUUGGCAAACCACUCAAAAAGACCUUUUUGCACUCAUAAGACAACUAGGUAUUCCGACUUUCUUUGCAUCCUUUAGCUCUGCAGAUCUCCGAUGGCCUGAAAUGAUCAACACCAUCCUGAAGCAAGAAGGGAAAAAUUUCAAUGUUGAUGAGCUUGACUGGUCUGAGAAAUAUGGACUGAUUAGAUGAAAUCCAGUCACUGCAGCAAGGAUGUUUGAUUAUAGAUGGCAUUGUUUUUUGAAAGAUGUCAUUAUGUCGCCCGCUCAACCUAUUGGAAAGAUAAAAUACUACUUUUAUUGUGUAGAAUUUCAACAGCGUGGCUCUCCUCAUGUUCAUUGUCUGUUUUGGAUUGAAAAUGCUCCAAAGUUAAAUGAAGACAAUGAUUCUUUGGUUGCUGCUUUCAUAGAUUAAUACAUCACUUGUGAGACACCAAGUGAAGAUGACACUGAACUGUAUGAGACUGUAAACAGUGUUCAGAAGCACAGCAGCAGACAUUCUAAGACCUGCAGGAAGAAAAAAACAGUUUGUAGGUUUAAUUUUCCACGACCACCAUCUAGCCGUACCUUUGUAACAAGGGCUAUUCGAGAUGAUUUGAAAGGCAAUGAUGGAAAUGAGACUGCAAGUGCAAUUUUGAAGAAAAUCAAAACUGCGUUGACGGAUUCUGAAGUCAAUUUUGAUUCAACAGAUGCAUUUUUUCAAUCCAUUGGAAUUAAUCAAGCUGUGUUUGAAUAAGCAUACAAGAAAUGUUCCAAGAAGAAAAGUAUCGUCUUGAAACGAAAUCCAAAAGAUGUUUGGGUAAACCAAUAUAACAAACAUUUAUUGCGUGCAUGGCAGGGCAACAUGGAUAUCCAGUAUGUCACAGAUGCUUACUCAGUAGUGGUUUAUAUUAUUAGUUACAUCACAAAAGCGGAACAAGAAAUGGGAUUGUUGUUGCAACGUGCACAAAAUGAAGGUAUGAAUGGAAAUCUUGAAGCAAGAUCAGCAUUAAAAAUGUUGGGAAGUGUAUAUCUACACAACAGAGAAAUUUCUGCACAAGAGGCAGUGUAUCGACUAACGGAUAUGCACUUGAAAGUAUGCUCUCGCAAAAUCCAGUUUAUUCCAAUUGGAAUGGACCCUGUAAAGAUGAGUUUGCCUUUACGUGUUCUCCAAAACAAAGAUGACCAGUCUGGUGAAGAGAGUUGUUUUUGGAUGAAUAGUCUGGUUGAUCGGUACAAGAAUAGACCAAAAACGCAACAGUUUGAGAUUCUGUGUCUCGCCAGCUUUUGUUCAGAAUACAGGAUAUUGUCAAAAUCUGAGCUUACUUCACAAAACAAAUCCUCCAAAGAAAAAGUGAACAAGCUUAACAACAACUGUGGUUAUAUGAUACGAAGAACUCGAACCGAUCCUGCAGUGGUAAGGUAUCCAAGAUUUUCAUCGUCAAAAGAUCCAGAGAAGUACCAUCAUUCAAUGUUACAACUUUUUUUACCACAUUACGAAGAUUGUCAGCUGAAGCCUGAGAAUUUCCACACUUAUGAAGAUUUCUACAACAAUGGUGCUGUGAAAUGUGGUAGUAAUGUGACAAAAGUAAAAUGCAUUGUUGAUUCUAAUCGAGCAAUGUUUGAAAAGGAAAGUGACAAAAUAGACAGAGCUCAACAGCUCUUGGAACAGGGUGUUGAUUUGGAAGAUGCUUGGGCCGCAUUGUGUCCUGAAACAGCGUCAUGAAUGUAUCGAACUAAUGAAGAAUAACAUCCUUCCUGAUGAAGAUGAGUCUGACACGCUUAUUCCAGAUCUUGUAGCAAACCCUCGAACAGCAUUCACAAUUGAGACCAGCAAUGCUACAAUGUCUAGAGAUGAAGCAUUGUGUUUACUAAGAUCAUUAAACACUAAACAAUCUGCAAUAUUUUACAAAGUUCGCAAAUGGUGUCUACAAAAACUGCUUGGAGAAAACCCUGAACCAUUUCGCUUGUUUGUUACUGGUGGAGCAGGCACAGGAAAAAGCCAUUUAAUCAAAGCAAUCUACUAUGAAUCUUCUAGGCUCUUAUCCAAGCUGUCUGAAAAGCUUGAUGAUAGGAGUGUAAUUUUUUUUUUUUUAUGUGCAUCAACUGGAGUAGCAGCAUUCAACAUUGGCGCUGCCACCAUCCACAACACUUUUUCAAUUGGUGCUAAUGUCAAACUGCCGUACCAACCGCUAAGUGAUGACAAAAUCAAUUCUCUUCGAUCCAAAAUGGGAUGUUUGCAGAUUUUGAUUAUGGAUGAAGUAUCCAUGGUUGACCAUCACUUUUUGUCAUAUGUUCAUGGGAGAUUGAGACAAAUCAAACAAACUGGUGACUACUCCCUCUUUGGUAAAGUAAGUCUCAUAGCUGUUGGAGAUUUUUAUCAGCUGCCACCUGUUAAGGGAACUCCACUCUAUGCUGAUACAAAAGGAGUGAACCUUUGGGACAAUAACUUUGAAAUUGCUGAAUUAACUCAAGUUGUUAGACAACAAGAUGUAUCUUUUGCUGAAACCUUAAAUCGUCUGAGAGUUCGUAAAAAAAAUGAACCUCUAAGCUCAAGUGACAUCAACAUGUUGAAGCAACGUGAAACAGGAGAAGAAUGCAGUGAUGUUCAUAUAUUUCCUACAAAUGAAGAGGUUGAUAAAUACAAUAUUCAGAGACUAAAUGAGGUUUGUCCUGACGCAAUCAGUAUUCAAGCUCAAGAUUUUGUGAGAAAUCCAAAAACUGGAAGGAUUGAAGAAAAAGCUGGAUUUCAUACAAGAGUUUUCAACUCCUGUUUGGAUAAAUGUGUUUCCUUGGGUGUUGGAGCAAGAGUUAUGUUAAAGAAAAACAUUGAUGUUUCUGAUGGACUUGUCAAUGGAGCCUUUGGUACAGUUGUCCACAUCAGCAGAAGUCAAAAACAGCCAGAUGAGGAUGAUGAUUUUCCAUCAGCUAUUCAUGUGGAAUUUGAUGAUCCAAAUGUGGGUAAAAUUCAGAGAUCCAAACAACGACACACAUUUUCCCAAAAUUCUACAGUUAUUGAAGUGCAAGAAGAUCAAGUCACAAAUGACGGUGGUUUAAGACGUCAAUUUCCACUUAGAUUGGCAUGGGCAUGUAAUGUUCACAAAGUGCAAGGACUCACAGUAGAUAAAGCUGUCGUAUCGCUUGAGAAGAUCUUUACUUCAGGACAAGCAUAUGUUGCAUUGAGUCGUGUGAGAACUCUCAAUGGACUAAUAAUUCAAAACUUCAAGGAGUCUGCCAUAUACUGUAAUGAUAAAAUUGAGUUGGCAAUGAAAUGUAUGCCAAAAUUUCCUUUGGAAAAUUACAGUUUCACAAAGACACCUGGUAUAUUUACAAUUGCUCUUCAUAAUGUACAAAGUCUUCAAGCUCAUGUUCAAGAUAUUCAAGCUCACAGACAACUUAUGAAUGCAGAUUGUAUUUGUUUAACUGAAACGUGGCUAAAAGUUGAAGACGAAGUGCAGAUACCGGGAUUUAUCUUCAAGCAUAAUCCAAGAGCUAGGUGCUAUGACAACAGCACUCCACUUUUCACUCAUUUAAAACAACAGCGAGGAGGUGGAGUUGCACUUUACUCUUGUGAGAACCUGCUUUCUCAAGUCGUCAUUCCAGAACCUUGCAAUUUGUAAUGUCUAUACUUCUCAGUUCCACAUAUCAGUUUGAAUGUUGCUCUGCUGUACAGGCCUAAUUCAUAUCAAAUUGACAUGUUUCGACAAAAUAUGUUACAUGUCAUUGCUGAGCUGGAAAAACAUCCAGGAAAGAAGGUAAUUAUGGGAGACUUCAAUGAGGACAUCUUAACAUCAUCUUCAAUUGCGACGUUAAUGGAACUCCAUGGAUACAGUCAACAUGUGCAAUAUCCUACAACUGAAAAAGGUACGUUAAUAGACCAUGUCUACAUUAAAGAUGCAGAGCAUGUUACAAUUGAAAUUGUUUCAACCUAUUAUAGUUAUCAUGAAGCAGUACUAGUUUCAGUAAGGUAAUAUAUUGAUGUUUCUGAUGCAUAUUGAAGACCAUUUAACUGCAUUCUUUUCUUUUCUCUGCCCCUACUGUGCUACACUCACUCUGAGAUUGAGAUCCCCAAAGUCCUGUACAAGUUUGCAAAUAGAAAAGAUUCUAAGUUCCACGGAGUCCUGGCCAUUCCAUACCAAGUUCUAUUCAAUGAUCAUCGUGCACGAUCCUACAUCUCCCAUAAUUGCUCUUCUUUCUGGAGCUCCAAAGCUCAUCCAGCCAAGCCAAAGCCAUCCAAACAACACUGGAUGCUUCCAAACAGCAUAGGAAGCAUCCACAAAGACUGCCUGCAUUCCUCUAGUUGUUUCAUAACAACGCAAUGAAGUUACUACGACUACAUGAAAACAAACAUGUAGAAACAAGUAGAAAAGCCCACAUAAAAGGAUUCACUGCAUAAGCUUAUACAUAUCCACUGACAAACGAGUUCUAAAAGGCACUGAAGUUAUAACUUACUCCAUAUACCCUUCACAAGAUUCCCUGUCCCAUUAACUCAUAUAAAGUAGCACACAACUGAUAAAAAGUACACUUUCAGAUUUGCACUGCAUCAAAAUUACUGUUAUUGUGAUGACAACACCCCUAUACAAAUCUCCACUACUGGCAAAAAGAUUUCUGAAAAGCACUGAAGCUAUAACUUCCUCUGUAUAUCCAUGAUAUUGUUCUCCAUAAAUUGGUUUUAUAAAGCACUGCACAACUGAUAAAAAGAUUUGUGCAACUCGAUAACAAAUGAUAAUAUUCUGAGGUCCACAAACACUUUCCACUACUGACAAAUUUCCACUACUGACAAAAAGAUUUCUGAACUGAAGCCAUAUUUUCCAUGAGAUUGUUCUCCAUGAAUUGUUUUUAUAAAGCUGCACACAACUGAUAAAAAGAUUUGUGCAACUCGAUAACAACUGAUGAUAUUCUGAGGUCUCUACUACUGGCAAAAAGAUUUCUGAAAUGCUCUGAAGCCAUAACUUCCUCUAUAUAUCCAUGUGAUUGUUCUCCAUGAAUUGUUUUUAUAAAGCAGUGCACAACUGAUAAAAAGAUUUGUUUCUUCUCCAUGAACUCCUAUAAAGAAGUGUACAACUGAUUAAAAAGAACUCUACACUGAUGCAGGCAGUCAACAGUCAGUGAAGUUAUUUCAAAAAAUGAAUACAUAAUAGGGCUGCACGAUAUAUCGCAUGAGAUUG